UCGGGGGGGUUCCGUGGUUGUUCCGUGGUACCAUCUCUUCAUCUUCAUUCUGCGUUUGCGUUCUGCCACACCACGUACGGUUUACGGCCAUAGUCAUACAAAAUCCGCGGACCUGCGCCAACGCGUUAAAACCGUUAGGGCCCCUAGCUGGCCAAGCUGGGUGCUGAUUAUAGAAGCGAGCAAGGAAGUAACAGUGCAUCAAGCAAACGAGGCUCGGGGUCUGACUCAGAGUGUGCGUGCGUGCGAGUGGUUCCCGGGCGGGCUCGAGACCGAUGGAGCAGCUCGUACAGUGCAUCGUCGGGCUGGCGUACGCGUCGGCCGGGCUGAUGUACGGGUAUCUGCUGGUGCUGCCGCUUGCAUCCGACACCAGCGUCGCCUGUCUGUACGAUGAAACGCUCUACUGGCCGCACAUUAUCAUCAUCAUCGCGAUGAUCAUCACCGUGCUGGUGACGAAUGGGCUCAAGCUGAACAACGGCAAGACGCAGUUCGUCCAUCUGUACCUGCUGCUGGCCGGGGCAUUCUUUUCCCUGGCCGCCGGGCUCGUCUUCCUGCUUGCUGCAGAUGUGGUACCGGCCAUCUAUCUGGGCGCGGUCUCGAUCGGUUUAACGCUGGUGCCCGGCCUGAGCUACCUGCACAUACGCUGUACGGGGCGGUUCCGCGUGACCUACAUGUCGCUGUGCACCUUCUGGUAUCUCGUUGGUAUUGCCUCGAGCGCUACCAUCUCCGCGAUGGCGUUUGACGGUGAGAACCGUCUCGAUGGUACGCAACAGCAGGAACAACGGGAACAGUUCCACCAGAACGUAGCGAUCGCCCUGCUGGCUAGCAGCGCGUUCACGAUCGUGCUGCUGGCGGUGGUCGAGAUGCUGCAGCGCGAAGCGAUCGUCGACUACAAGCGUCCGCUCGAUCUCGAUACCGCGAUCGCCCACGAUAGCGGGAAGCUGGUGGCCCGCGGUCUUCACCGUUCCACCGACUCGUUCGCUUACUUCGGCCGACCGCAGCAGCAGGAUCGGGACUCGACCGCCACCGGCCACCACUUCGGUGACAACCGGUACCGGCCGCUGUGGACGGUUUACUCGAUCGCGACCAAGCUCGUUGGGCUGCUGGCCUUCUACUGGGUCCUGCUGUUCCUCGGUUUCCAGGCCAGCAUCAACCUGUUCGAGCAACCGAACGCCUGGUACUGUGUGUUUUGGUUUAUGGCGGCCGGCGCCCUGGUCAGUACGGUCGCCAGCCCGCUCCUACCGCCGAAGGUACUGUUCCUGCUCUCGUCAGCACUGUACGUGAUCGGGCUGGUCCUGUGCGUCGCUUUCUACGCGUCCGAUCAGUCCGAUCUGCACUUCGGCAUCGCCAAGCUGCUGUACUUUGCGUUCGUCGGCUGUACGCUCCCGCUGCCGUCGAUCAACAUCCUCGAGCUGGCACCGUUCAACUACAACGAGACGAUGCUGGCCUUCGGGACGGUGCUCGAGCUGCUCGGUGUUGCCCUGCUGCAGUACUUCGGCAGUCUCGAUGGUACGCUGUUCGGUAUGGAGGCGGUCGGGCCGCUCGGUAUCGAUGUGCGACCGAUCGAAUCGCACAAGGGUGUGAUUGCGUCGCACUACAUCACGGCGAUCGUGCUCGGGUUGGUGCUGGCCCUGCUCGUCCUCUGGCACAUGCCCGGCACCCAGUGGAAGACGCUGCCCGCGAUCGAGCGCAAGAUUGGCGGGAUGCGCUCGUACUUUGCGUUCAGCCGGAAGGAUCUGCUAGCGCCGCCCGCCGGUGGUACGCUCGAUACGCCCGGCUAUCUAACCACGAACGGUGGUCACGUCAACCGGGGUGUGGUGGAUGGAUCGAACCCGGUGUACACCGGUGCCGGCAAUGGGCUCAGUAGCAGUGGCGGCCGGCUCCGGGCCGACGAGCUCCGGUACACGGCGUACGGUACGGGAGCGGAUUCGCACACGUCGUACGCCGGUUCGUACGAUAGCCACAGUGGCCCGAGCACUGGCCCCUUCCAGGACUUUGAGCUGCAUGCCGAUGGUCCGGCGCAACAGUUGGCGCGGACCGGCAACACCGGGCUGGAGAGCGGUGGCACUCCGCUAGCGGCCGCCAUGUACAACACGCACCAUUCGUUGCCGAGUCAGCAGAAAAUGAAUAACAUCAACGCAGGCCUCCGGUACGCCAAACAGCAGCAGCAGCAGCAGCACCUGCCAUCUGCGGACCACGCUACCGAGCUGGAAGGUUACCUCGUCGAGCGAGGACAGAUCCUGCAACCGCGCGCACUGCUCGCACGCGACGGUUCGCACGCCGGCAGUCACUCGAGCCUUCGGCCUAGGGAGCUGCAGGACGCACCGACACCGCCACCGAUGCCACCGGCCGGCUAUCUCACCAAGUCGUUGCCGCGCGUCAAGGCGGUCCGGCAGUCGCGCAUCCCGCCGCUGAUACCGAAACCGGAGCGGGAGGAGGAGGUGGUGAUACCGGGCGUCGAGUACCUGCCGAACCUGGUGCCGAGCCAGUUCCUGCGCCAGUCCGUCCAAACCGGCACCAACAUCUUCCUGGCGACAGCGACGGCCGGCGGCUACCGCUCGCCGACGCGUUCCCCGUAUGACCAAAGGGACCAGGACCAGUGACACCCAGUACCCUUCAUUCACCCUCCCUCCUUCCCCUUUUCUUCCUCAUUUUCUCCACCUUCCAAAGUACAGUGACCAGAGCAGGCGUAAACCAUUUCAACCACCUGAACGUGAGCAGUUGCAUGUUGCAGCCUGUCUUUGUGGAUGUCCCAAGCAAAGGGGGCAUCUGUUCGCAUUCCACAAUAUAGUGCCCCAGUAAAAUUGGUUUUCCGAAAAUCAUCAUCGAGUUGUUUGUAUUGUUCUGUUGCUGCUUUUUUGGGUGCUUUGUUUUUACUGUUACCGUACUGUUUAAAAACUGUUGGACAAAAAGUGGGCCGCAUAUUUGUGUCGCAGUAGCAGUAGUUCAGCUGUUAUUAUACGCGGUCUGUCGCAAAGUAAACAGGAUUUUUCCAAAAAAAGGGACAUUUCUGGUGGGUAUAUGUGUUUGAAAGAUAAAUCCUUUCCUGAUUUUCUGCUAAAAUGUGAAGCCAUACGCUUGUUG